AUGCUGCAGAGCCUGUCCGAAGUAGCUACUCUCGAGGUUGCCAGCCGCGUGGAGCCACCCGUCAAGUCGAGCAGGCGGAUGAUUCAGCAAUUCGCCAUCUGUGGGCUCAUGUUCCUGGGCUCGACCAUGAACGGCUACGACGGGUCGUUGAUGGGCAACAUGCUGAGCAUGUUGCCCUUCCAGCGACAGUUUGGUGCCGAGGUGCUCGGAGUCAAGACGGGACUCAUCUCCAGCAUGUACCAGAUUGGCUCCGUGGCGGCUCUGCCCAUCGUCGGCCCCUGUGCGGACAUGUAUGGCCGACGAGUUGGCGUAGCCGUUGGCGGCAUCUUCAUCAUCAUCGGCACCAUCGUCCAAGGAACUUCAUCUCACCUGGACCAGUUCAUGGCCGGACGGUUCUUCCUUGGCUUCGGCGGCACCAUGGCCAACGCCAUUGCGCCCUCGUACGUCGUCGAAUUCGCCCACCCCAGCAUGCGCGGUGUCCUCACGGGACUCUACAACACGUGCUACUACGUGGGCGCUGUAUUGGCCGCGGCCGUCCUGCGCGGCUGCGUGCAGUACGAGACCAACCAAGCCUGGUUGAUUCCAGUCUGGGUGCAGCUAGCGCUGCCGGCCACCCUGCUCAUCGGCUGCGUGUUUGUGCCCGAGUCCCCUCGCUGGCUGUUUUCUCAUGAGCGUACCGAGGCCUGCAGGUCCCUCCUGACGCGAUACCACGGAAAUGGUAACCCGGACUCUCUCUGGGUGCAUCUGCAGAUGAGCGAGUUCGAGCAGGAGCUCGUGCUAGACGGCGCCGACAAGAGAUGGUGGGACUACCGGUCGCUGUUCGACUCGCGCGCCUCGCUGUACCGCGUGCUGCUGUGUGCUGUCGCCCUGUCUAUCCUCAGUCAGUGGACAGGUCAAGCGAGCGUGUCGUACUUUCUCCCCGGCAUGCUUACAACGAUUGGAAUCAACGACACGAAGACUGUAUUCAACAUCAACCUGGGCCUCUCGCUGGCGUCGGGCGCUGCAGCCGUGCUGGGCGCUAGCUUGAUGGACCGUCUGGGCCGGAGGAUCAUCAUGCUCUCCUGUUGCCUUACCCUGGCAGGAGCGUGGGCCAUGAUGGCGGCCUGUGCCGGCGUCUACAUCGAGGAUGACGACGCAGUCGCCGCCAGGGCCUCCAUCGCCUUCAUCUUCGUCAUCGGCAUGACCUUCAGCUUCGCCUACACUCCGCUUCAGGCCAUGUACCCCGUUGAGGUCCUCGCCUACGAGCAGCGUGCAAAGGGCAUGGCCCUGCAGAACAUGACUGGAAAUGCUGCCGCCCUCGUCAACAUGUUUGCCAUACCUGUUGCUCUCGAGCGCAUUGACUGGAAGACGUACAUUGUCUUCUUGGCAGUCUGCUUAGCCCAGGCUGCGUACUAUUGGACCUUCAUGGUGGAGACAAAAGGCCGCACCCUCGAGGAACUCAACCACGUUUUCCAGGCGCGCAAUCCCAGGAAGGCCAGCAUGGUCAAGAAAGAAGUAGUGGAUCAUGCCGUCACCGUAGUCAACGAGGCCAAGAAGGAUCGUCAAGAGAAGGCGACUGUAUGA